UCUCAUCAGUUGACAACAGCAACUCGACAGAAUUGGUCGCAAUUCUUGGCACUGGAUUUUUUUCUGUGGGACCGCGUUUGCCGUUGUGUGUAGGCUUCGGAAGUGAUUUUUCGGAUAGCAAGGAAAAUUGGGCCUCCGGUGAUACUUAAUUGGAGCGAAACAGCAUAGGUGUGUUGAGAUAAUGAACAGUGCUUUAGGCUGGAUGUGGGAGUGCGGUGUCGAAAAUAGACGGUAAUGAGCUUUAGGUACUAACGCGACUAUGGACAAGCCAUCAACGUUGGAUUUUGGAAGUGUAUCGCUGCACGAGUCCAUUGACCUUUCCUAUGCGCGUACCUAGAUUGGUUUAACGACACCUAACCGAAAUAGAGCGAUGCGAAAAUUGAAUUGAAAGUUAAUGAAAUUUUAUGCUUGAAAUCUGUUGUUGUGCGCUCAGCUGAUUGCAGAUAAAUGCGUCACGUCAUCGCGGUGUGGCGUUCGUGUCUAAUUGAAUUAAGUGGUGUUUCAUCGAAGUAUCUUCGGAAGCCGGUUGUAGUUUAUGCUCAGAAUUAAAUUGGUGAAUAAUAUCGACCCUAAUAACAUUACAUCAGAGGAAUCGAAACCAACGACACUUGCUGAAACUUAUUCUUUGUGAUUGACAAACUGUGUUCUAUUACCAUAGAAAAAAUAAAAGCUCCACCGAAUUUUCAAAAGUUUUUGUUAAUUAAGUUCAAGUGGGAACGGUACAUGUGUGUUCGUUAAGGUGGCAAGCACUGGGCAAAAGCAGAAAACAACUACGGCCUCGGAAUGUCGUAAACCCGGGGAGGAUGCCAUCGUAGAUAAAGCAGCAAUAGCAGCCACAGCAGCAGCAGCAUCGACACCAGCAGCUUCAACAGCACACAAGCAGCAACAGCCAAAAAUUGCAAUCACACAACUAAAAACACUCACAAGUUGCACCACAACCACUACUAUUACUAGUCAAAGUAAAGCCUUCGUUGAAAGCACCGGCACAGGCAGCAGCAGUAGCAGCAGUAGUUCGAGUAAUUGUAAAACUAGCAAUAAAGUAAUCGAAAAGGAGGAAGUUGACGAAGAAGAUAACAGUUCGAGCCAGCUUGUAAGCACCAGAGGAAUAUGCACAUUGCGGGUGAAGAUUUUCCUUAUUAAGCAUCUUUCAAAACUAGUCGCGUGCAACAAGAAGAUGUUUCUACCAGUCAAAUCUAACACAUCUCCAGUGGGCACUGAUGGAACCAGCAACGGUGAGGAUGUCACCACUGUAACCAGCAAUUCGACGCAGACACCGAGCGACCUCAGCCCGCCAAACAUGUCCGGCGACGACAUCCUACCGCAGGCCCACCAUCAAAAUCCAGGCCAUUGUAUUGCUUCGUUCUCGGCAAUCAACCGCAUGCGGCAGAAUGCUCAGCUCUGCGAUGUGACACUGGAAGUCGGUGGCGAAACCAUAAAUGCACAUAAGGUCAUACUGGCUUCGGUUUCACCAUAUUUCUAUGCGAUGUUCAACGACGACAUGCUCGAACGGAACCGGGACGUCGUCACCCUGCACGACAUCGACCCAUCAUCGUUGAAACAACUCAUCGAAUAUGCGUACAGUGGGGAAAUCACCAUCACCGAGGAAAACGUACAGGUCCUACUUCCAGCGUCCAGCUUGCUCCAGAUUCAAUCAGUACGGGAAGCUUGCUGCAAGUUCCUGUUGCGCCAGCUGCACCCUUCCAACUGUCUGGGGAUUCGAAGUUUUGCAGAUGCCCACUCGUGCAAGGAGCUUCACUCACGCUCACAUCGUUAUGCUUUGCAGAACUUUCAACAAGUUGUCGGGACGGAAGAAUUCUUACUCCUGGGAUUUAAUGAGGUCCAAGAUCUCAUCUCCAACAGUCAGCUGAACAUCUGCUCGGAGGAAAAGGUAUUCGUAGCCGUACUGAACUGGGUCAAGCACGACCUAAGCGAACGAAAGAAGCACAUAUCUGAACUGAUGUCCCACGUGCGACUUCCACUGGUGAACCGCGAAUUCCUGAUGUCCUGCGUCGAAACCGAACCAUUGGUGCGGGAAGACUUCCACUGCAAGGAGCUUUUGCUGGAGGCCAUGAAGUAUCACCUCCUGCCGGAGCAGCGAAGCUCGCUGGUCAGUCAACGCACACUGGAGAGGCGCCCCGAGGGGAUGCGGCAGUACAUAUUUGCGGUGGGCGGUGGCAGCUUGUUUGCGAUUCAUAACGAGUGCGAAUGCUACAACCCGAAGACUAACGCCUGGAUGACCAUUUCACCGAUGAGCUCCCGAAGAUCCAGGGCUGGGGUGACCGCUCUGAGGAAGCUACUCUAUGUUGUCGGAGGAUACGAUGGAGAGAAUGACCUGGCGUCCGCGGAAUGCUAUAAUCCAUUGACUAACGAGUGGUGCAACAUCACCCCCAUGGGAACCAAGCGAUCAUGUCUGGGAACGUGCGCUUUCGAUGGUCUUUUAUACGUCUGUGGGGGUUAUGAUGGUGCGUCCUGUUUGGCCAGCGUGGAACGAUACGAUCCGUUGACGGCAGUUUGGACUUCCUGUCCUGCGAUGAAUACAAGACGACGAUACUGUCGCGUUGCUGUGCUGGAGAACUGCAUCUACGCACUGGGAGGUUUCGAUUCUAGUAAUUAUCAAUCGUCGGUGGAACGGUUCGAUCCUCGGGUUGGCAGUUGGUCAGCGGUUCCCAGUAUGACAUCUAGGAGGAGUAGCUGCGGGGUGGCAGCCCUUGAUGGAUAUUUGUACUGUAUUGGUGGAAGCGACGGAACCAUGUGUAUGCAAACGGGAGAGAGGUUCAAUCUGAGGACCAACAGUUGGGAGGCGAUUAGUCAGAUGCAUUCCAGAAGGUCCACCCAUGAAGUCGUCGAAGCCAACGGAUACUUGUACGCCCUGGGAGGUAACGAUGGUUCAUCAUCGCUGAACUCCGUCGAGCGCUACGAACCGAAACUCAAUAAAUGGACGAUUGUAACAUCGAUGUUGACGCGGCGUAGUUCCAUAGGUGCCUCGGUGCUGGAGUGUUUCAACUUGGAGCGCGGUCUUCUGCAGACCAGUAUAUGACCGGUCAUAGGCCACCUCAGCGAACCGAUUGGUGGGAGUGUUACUAACUCCAUUACGGUCACGUGCAACGGGUCUCAAUGAAAGAAAGAACUGUUUCGUUUGUGAUCAUGAAAAUCAAUUGAAUCAACGUGUUACAAUAGCUUACUGUAUUUGCGCAAAAACAAUUUCGUCUAAUAGGAAAUUAUCAAUUUGCUAGCUAGUCAAAA